AUGGAGCCAACAGACCUUUUGCCGCUGCUGGAGCAGCUUGAUGAUAAUGUGGACGACCUUGAAGAUGUUCUGCAGCCCGUUUUGGGACAUCAAAUGUCAAAGCUUUCGAAGAACCUACCGGUUAUGGAUAAGGCUAAACUGCAUGUGUUGAUUACUUACGCCCUUGAGUCACUCAUUUUCUCUUAUCUCAGACUACACGGCGUGGAUGCCAAGCAACAUCCUGUCUUCCGCGAGCUCACUCGCGUUAAACAGUACUUUGAAAAGAUGAAAGCCUUGGAAACCGAACCAGAGCAGCGCACCAUGACCCUGGACAAGGCGGCCGCGAAUCGAUUUAUUAAACACGGCUUGGCUGGCAAUGACAAGCUUGAUCUGGAACGAGCUGAAAAGGAAGCCAAAGAGAAGGCGCGGGCUCAAUUCAAAGCCGCGAUGCUACAAGCGAAGAACAAGCCUGCUGCAAAGCCCGAUGUUUCUGCAGUCCAAUCAGAUGCUCCCUCCAGUGCAGCACACUCUACCGUACAGUCUAGCGCCGAUUCCAAUGAUUCCGAUCAAGAUCUCGAGGACGAGGACUCGGCUCAACAAUCCAGUGAACCUGCGCAAAGCAAAGCCAUAACAAAGAAAAAAAUGGCCGAGAAGCUGCAGGCUAGGAGUAAGAAUGCUGAUUUCGUAAAGAAGCAGCGGAAGCUCAGCAAGGAGGAUCGCACAACGCAGAAGAAGGACAGGCGUCAUAAGAAGGAAGCAUUGCGCAAAGCUCGGAAAUCCCAAUGA